UUGAGUGAAUGAGCCAGAGAGAGAGUUCCCGCUGUGUCAAAUAACAUGGGGAAGUGGCCGACGAUUUCAAUGCUUCAUCUCCUUUUUUUCGCCUUUCUGAUGACAGAUUUAUGAGAGUUCUCUCCUGAUUCUGACUCCUUGCACUCAUCUUACUCCAGCUGUUCGUGGUCGUCUUGCACUUUCACCUUCACCCUCACUCUCACUCGCAACUCACCCCACUAAGACGAGUAUCUCACUGAGAGAGAGAGAGAGACAGGGGUUCCGUUCUUACACGACUUGAAGAACAUCUGCAUCUUCUUCAGCGCCAUUCUCUGGCACAACUUGAAGACAACAGGAGAAAAAGACUCUCGAGUCUUGUCUCCCUCCCACCUCCCUCCAGCAUGGCGACAACAUCCCUCCUCACAGCCCUCAACUGCAAGGGCAACACCCACCUCAUCAUCGGCACAAAUCCCCUCGCCGCCGCCCGCUGCACACAGUCCCUCGCCGCCGGCGCCGCCGCCAUCCUCCUUGCCCCGGACACGACGGACCUGCACUACGGCCUGCAGAAGCGCGUCGACGCCGGCGAGGUGGUGUGGCACAGGAAGGCCUUUGAGGACUCGGACCUCUUCACCCUCGGCCGCGACGACGUCGACAACGUCGUCGACGCCGUCUUCGUCACCUCGGGGCCCCGCGACCCCCUCGCCGCCCACAUCUCGGCCCUGUGCCGCCGGAACCGCAUCCCCGUCAACGUCGUCGACGCGCCGCAGCUGUGCUCCUUCUCGCUGCUGUCGACGCACACCGACGGGCCCCUGCAGAUCGGCGUCACGACCAACGGGAGGGGCUGCAAGCUCGCCUCGCGCAUCCGCCGCGAGGUCGCCGCCGCGCUGCCGACGGACCUCGGCGCCGCCUGCGCGCGGCUGGGCGACGUGCGCCGGCGCAUCCAGGCCGAGGACCGCUCAUCAGCGCAGCCCGACGACGCCGAUGUCGACGACUCGCUCGACCAGGCCGCGUCCUUCAACAGGCUCGUCACCGACGCCGACCUCGACGCCGCCAAGAACAGGCGCAUGAGGUGGCUGAGCCAGGUCUGCGAGUACUGGCCCCUGAAGCGCCUCGCCGCCAUCAACGACGACGACGUCGAGUCCGUCCUGAAGUCGUACGCCGGCACGUCGUCGUCGUCGUCGUCGUCGUCGUCCGAGGAGGCUGUAGCGAGACCGCCGCCCGUCGCCGGUCUCGCCGCCGCCGCCGGUAGCCAGCAACAGCAAGGGAGGAUCAUCCUCGCCGGCAGCGGGCCGGGACACCCGGACCUCCUGACGCGCGCGACGCACAAGGCGAUCCAGACGGCGGACCUGAUCCUCGCGGACAAGCUCGUGCCGGCGGGCGUGCUAGACCUCAUCCCACGGCGCACGCCCGUGCGGAUCGCGCGCAAGUUCCCCGGCAACGCGGACCAGGCGCAGGAGGAGCUCCACGAGCUGGCGCUGGCGGGCGCGCGGGAGGGCAAGACGGUGCUGCGGCUGAAGCAGGGCGACCCGUUCAUCUACGGCCGCGGCGGCGAGGAGGUGGCGUACUUCCGCGAGCACGGGCUCGGCGACCGCGUGACGGUGCUGCCGGGCAUCACGUCGUCGCUGAGCGCGCCGCUGUUCGCGGGGAUCCCGCCGACGCAGCGGGACGUCGCGGACCAGGUCCUCGUCUGCACGGGCACGGGCAAGAAGGGGAAGCCGCCCGCGCCGCCCGAGUUCGUGGCCAGCCGGACGGUGGUGUUCCUGAUGGCGCUGCACCGGAUCACGGGGCUGGUGAGGGAGUUGACGUGUCGUCUUGAGACGGAGGAGGAGGCGGCGACGACGGAGACGACGGAAGGCGAGACGACAACGACGACGACGACGACGACAACGACGACAACGAAGCCGAAGAGGGCGUUGUGGCCGCGGAACACGCCGUGCGCCGUCAUCGAGAGGGCCAGCUGUCCCGAUCAGAGGGUCAUCAGGACGACGUUGGAGUACGUGGCCGAGGCGAUCGAGGUCGAGGGGAGCAGGCCGCCGGGGCUUCUCGUCGUCGGCCGGGCGUGCGAGGCGUUGUAUGAGAGCGAGAAGGGCCGGACGUGGGUCGUCGAGGACGGGUUCAAGGGGUUCGAUUUCGAGGAGCUCCCCGGGCUGUCAUGAUGCGUGUUUGAUGCGAGUAAUGAAUGGGGGUGGUAUGGGGGUGGUUUACUGGUGCAUGGUCUAGAUACAGGAGCAGCAUUGCAAGGCGCAGG